CCGCGAGCCGACCCGACCCGACCCGACUGCCUGCCAGUUCGUGAGGAUUUCACGUGCGGCCCUGCAUCAGCGCCUGUGACCGAAGAGCAGGCAGCGCAAGCAGGCACGAGCUGGAGAGUCAACUGCCUGGAUGCAUCACAGCAUCAAUUCUAGCGCAUCGAUGCAGAAAGCUACGCGACGACGACGACGGGAUAGCCGGGAGGCACAGGCUGAUGCAGACGAAUUGAGAUUUGGAUUCCUUUCGCACCAUUUUCGCAUUUCUCUUCCUUCGUGCUAGCCUCUCUGUGAGAGCAGCAGCAGCAGCCCCGUCUCGAUGUCGGAGGCGCAUGUUUGUCGUUGCUCAAGAGUUGGGUCACCUCCGCAGCUGCAUCGCCGGGACGAAUACUCCGCGAAUUGAGAUCGUGCCCGGUGCCACGGCCAGAGUAUUUUCCGCAAUUUCCUAGCGCCUUCUUGCUCUCCCCCUUGCGGACUGAUCUGGCAUGGCAUGGCGACUUACCUCUUCGAGUCCGGUGAGCGGAGAUGUCACUUGUCGUUGUACGCCAGCCCGAGCUCUCCAUCAGCUGCACUGCAUACGCGAGCUCCAGCGCUGAGGCAAGGCAAGUGUGCUCCCGCCUGGCCCAGACUACUACUUCUCGCGUAUGAACGCCGGGCAGCAGUUGAGGGAAGUCGCGGAGCCCAUUCCUGAGAGAGGGCGAGAGGAGGAAGAAGAAGUCCGAUGGAGACCUCCAGGGCGAACGAAUUCCUCCUCGGUCGGAUGCUCUCGAUGCGCUUCUCUCUAGCUCUUCCGACGCGUUCUCUUCUUCGCCUGAGGGGCCUCCAACUCAUCAAAAUCCUUCGAAUGGGCUGCGAAUUGUCGUGAUCGAAUCACCCGGACUUCUCCCAGCGGUCAGUGACUCCUCCUCCGUGGUCGUCGUCGUGUGAUGACCAUUCUCCGGAAUGGUGACGGCAUCCGAGUGGGCGAUACGUGAGGUGUGGAAUUUCCCCUUCUGCGCAAGUGAGCUCGAGCUCGAGCUCCGGUCUUCGUGUUUGGGUUUUGCGAAGACAUUAGUACAAAGAAUUGUACAAUGUCGAAUGUAGGAACCGAAGCGGACGGCAUUGGGUUGAAUCUAGGGUCCGAAGUGGACGCCAUCGUUGGCUUGGUAGGAGACGUGAAUUCGUCAAUUCAUAGGAUUAGAAGAGGAUGGUUCACGACCGGCAAGGACAUACAACUGUACACUGUCAAGGCCAGAAGUUUAAGUGACAGGAUUACUUCCUGGACCGGACUCAUCCAUUCUCGAGGACUCGAAUCUCAUCAGCUAGUGAAGCCAAUUUUAGAACAAGCCACCACCGCCCUGAAUUCUCUCGACAAAGAAGCAGCUUAUAUCAAAGACUUGCGUCACAGGUGCUGCAUGCGCUACAGAAGCACUCUCCUCCGCUCCACGGUUUCCAGAGAUUUAUCUUCGAAGCUGAAGAAGAUGGGAAAUGCUCUUGCCGCUCUCCAGGCGCCUGGUGUUCUCGACGAGCUGAACCAAAAGACCGGCACUCGAGCGAUCGGUCAUGGCUCCAAAGCUCCGAAACUAGCGUUCUCGCGCGAUGCGAAAUACUGCCCCAUCCAGGCCACGGUCGACGAGGUGGUCGAGGCUUUGGAGGGCAAGGAUCGCCCGCAUGUGGUCAUAUUGUCCGGCGAGGCUGGAACGGGAAAAUCCGCUCUCGUGAGAGACUUGGCCCUGGCCUAUCAGGAGGAGCAUCAGGAAGAGCGAAAAGGUCCAGAUUCGGAAGCUGUGGAUAUGGCGGACGGCGGUCGAAAUGGGACCAGCACCAAGCUCUUCACCAACGGGGUCGUGUACGUUCCCUGCGGAAGUGAAGCAGACAGCAAGGUGAAAAUCGCCGAACUGUUGUGCAGCUUGGGCUCGUAUUCGCCCUUGGCAGCAGAAGCAGACGACGAAUCACGGCGGUACUCGGAAGACGCGCUUCGCGAGAGGCUGUGCGCGAGUCUGGAGACGCAAGAUCUUCUCGUCAUUUUGGACGACGUCUGGGAAUCAGCCUUCUUACAGCGGCUCCUCGUACCGGGGAAGAAGGUGAAGUUCCUGGUCACAACGCAGGAUUCAGGACUUUGCGCUGGAGACUAUUCUAGUCGCAGGAUAGUUAUGAAGAAGCCUCAGAAGAAGGGCGCGGAGUUCAUUUUCUUGAACCACACGGUGGACUCUCAGGAUGGAAUUCCGUCUUCGAUUCUACAGGAAGCGGUGGAGGGUGUAUUAGAAGAGGGGGACGAUAAUCCCUUGGUUUUGAAGAAUAUAGCUGUGGCCAUUAGCGGUCUUCGAUCCACGGGACAGAAAGUAGCGCCGUGGCAAUCCGUCUUGAAGAGAUUCCGGGAUUCCAUAGCAGGGCAGGAUGCGAGAAACGGGUUGACAGAUUAUGAUGCGGAAUCUCGAAUUGGAAAAGAAGUGUUGAGCUCCUUCGAGCUGGCCAUGGAGUCAAUUCUAGAGGAGGCACUACACCUUCUUCUGUUGGCAUCACAGUGCGAAGGACCAUUGGUUCCUGGAGUGGUUAUUAAGACGUUGCACACUGCCACCUCCUCCAAGGGUUACAAUAGUUUCUCCAAUUUAACGAACUACUUGGAGAAGAGAGGCUUCAUCCGUCUCCAAGACUCUGAGAGAAAGAGAUCAUGCUGGUCUUUGGAAAGUGCGCAAUAUUUGUCUCGCAAAAUCGCCAAGAGCGAGGAGGAGAUGACUAUGCUCACCGCUUCUUUGCUCGCAAAUAAUGCCCCGGGAUUAUCAGCCAGUAAAAGCGCUCUAGGUUUGGUAGAUUACAGUUCCCAAGCCGACAGUACGUUAGUGGCUGCCCUUUGUUUUGUGUACGGGGAGAAGAACUUGUCAGCCAAAGCGGCCAUCAAGCUCACGAUCAUGACUCCCACUCAAGGAAGAGGCUUGCUCAGGCUGGCCUUGGAACCCGUCGUCUGGCUGCUCCACGUCGAUCAUGAAAUUGAAGAGGAAUGGGAGCAAAAAGCGUAUUGGUCUGCCAGAGCGGUGUUGAUCAAAUAUACAAGUGAAGGUGUAAUUGAUGAUGAAGCAGCUUCCACACUUCUAUCGAUUCCAGAGAGUGCACCAGCAAUGUGCCGGAUGCUGCAAAUCGUUGGGGAGACAGGGGAGAGGCCGAUUUUAACUGCAGAUACUCCGCUAUCAACUCAGGCCUUGCUGAAGUUGUUGCGCAGGGAUGUGGAUAAACCUUCUGACCUGCAAAGACUAGCUGCUCAAACGUUGGGGUCCCUUGCAGAGAAGAGCUACCGAGCAAUUUUCGCAGAGCCCAGCGCGUUGGAGAAGUUGGCGCAGUUAUUGGCAAAGGAUGUGAAGGCUUCAGCUCAAGCAGCUGCUGCUCUGGCGAUAGGAAAACUUGCAGUGAACGACGACAUCCGGGUGAAGAUAGCCUCCGCUUGUGGUAUCUUGCCAAGGCUGCUCAGUUUGUUGGAGAAGGAUGAGGACUCUCAGGUUCAGGAGGCGUCUGUCUACGCCAUCGCUAGACUAGCCCUCAACGCCCACAAUGUAACCAAGAUUGCAGACCAUCAGCCGACACUCACGACAUUGUCAGCUUUUCUCGGCAAGGGAACAGCCUCCGCUGUGCAGGUCCAGGCCGCAAGAGCUCUAGCGAACCUCGCUCGUCUCGAGAAAGUGGCUCUGCGCAUAGCUGGAUGUAACGGCGUCCUGAAUGCUCUUGUCCUACUUUGCCAAGAAGACGUCUGCUCUGCAGUUCGGCUGCAAGCAUCCAGACUUCUCAAAAACCUGAGUGCGUGCCAGGAUAACCAUUCGGCUAUCUGCAGCCAUCCAGGAGUCAUCACGGCAGCCAUUGCGCUGCUCAAACCUGCUCGUGGUUCGAGCGACCAUCCACACCCAGUGGCACUGGUACACAAUGGUGUGGGGAUCUUCGCCCAGUUGAGCUUAUCCAAGAACUGCAGAACCACGAUUGCGGAAACUCCAGGCGCGAUCAAACAUCUCCUCGCCCUGGUGGGCAAUGACCCCACUUCCCAGCUGCAUAAGCACGCGACCAAUUGCUUAUCGAAUUUGGCGCUCACUGUACUAGACGGCGAUCAUUCUCUGAGCUCUGAGGAGUGCCAAGCUCUGGCAGCCUUCUGCCAUUCUGGUCCAGAUUCUCGCCCGUGCCAGGCAAGCACUGCCAAGGUCAACCCCGGAGCCCCAAAAGUACGUUGGGCGACCAAAUGGUCUAGAUUUCUCCGAGCAACUCCACCUCGAAUUCGGGGUAUUAAUUGUGAUUUGCUAUCACCCGUGCGGACAUCAGUUAUUGAAGUGCAUCUCCCUUCUACGACAAUCACAGCGUAGGAUGAUAUGGAGCUUGCCCCGCAUUUAGGAUAGACAGAGAGUCCUGAAAGGUAGUUUUAAUGGUACAGGCGGAGUAGAUCGGAGAGGUACAUCCAAAAUUUUGUAGAUAAAAUUGACCUUUGGGUGGGUACCAAAGGCUCAUCAUGAAACCAUCAGCCCUGUUAGAUGUACAGACUCUUCCAUUUAAAGUAAAAACUCAGGCUUCAUUUUUUGGAGAAGAAGCUUACCGGGAGGCGAUAGUGUGUAUACGUCCUCAUUCAUCCAGGACGUAGUUUCGCUACACUUCGACAGAAAUCGAACUUGUACAGCUUAUUGGCCUGGUUUUGCAUUUAUUCCUUUGAUCUUCACUUUAGAAGUUAAUAUUUAACAGUCUACUUUCCACAGAAAUGGUGUGGCCCGAGCACAAGUUUGAAGUACCGGCCAUGGAUAAAUGGGGAAUAAAGUUUCAGAAGAAAAUUUUUGAGGAAGAUUAUCAC